AAUACGAUGAAAGUACUAUUAAAAGAAGGUGGACGAGAAAUGGACGUAGCAGAAAGCUCUUUCAGAGAUAUUAUGAAAACUCAAUCAGCAGAUAUAGAAUCAAGCAUCGAAUACGUGCACAAAUCCACACCUAUUCAGAAUUUCUAUGACGAUCAAGCGGUUUUCAUAACUGGCGCAACUGGUUUUAUCGGAAAGUUAUUGAUCGAGAAAUUGUUAAGAGAAUGCCCUGGUAUCACCUGCAUUUAUCUUCUAAUAAGGACAAAAAAAGGAAAAAGCGUGCUUCAACGUACAAAGGAACUAAUAGAAGAUUCAUUCUUUGACACGUUGAGAGAGAAACAACCAACAUUCCAAAAUCGCAUAGUAACAAUCGAGGGCGAUACUAGCUUGCCAAAUCUCGGCAUCUCAAUGAUCGAUAGAGCUACACUUAUACGCGAAGUAUCAAUUGUUUUUAAUGUGGCCGCGACCGUUAAAUUCAAUGAAAAAAUUAAAUUGGCAACAGCUAUUAAUGUCCAAAGUCUGAGGGAUCUGAUAAAUCUGUCCAAAGAAAUGCCGAAACUGAAAAGUUUCAUACACGUAUCGACAGCUUAUGCCAAUUUAUUUCACAAUCCCAUCGAGGAGAAAUUUUAUGAACCACCGAUAGAUGAUGAUAUAUUGAUUAAUUUGAUAAACUCUAUGAGCGAGAGUUUCCUCGACGAUAUUACACCACUAUUACUUGGAAUAUGGCCAAAUACUUACGUGUAUACAAAAUCAGUCGCCGAAAAUCUUGUAAAAAAACAUGUCGACUCAAUACCGAUUGGAAUAUUUCGUCCAGGGAUAGUGAUGCCUACGUUCCGGGAACCUAUCCAGGGAUGGGUGAAUAACACAUAUGGAUUAAUAGGAAUUACAACAAAUGUUCUAAUGGGAUUAAUGCGAACUCAGCAUGGCGAUAGCUCUGUGAAACUGGACAUUGUAUUUGGAGACCUGACUGCCAAUGGGAUAAUCGCUAGUGCAUGGGACAUUGCAAGUAAUCCAAGAUCCAAAGAAGACUUUCCCAUAUACAAUUACGUAUCUAUAGAUAAUCCAAUCACUUUUGGCAAAUUUCUAGAAAUGAUACUUAAGUAUGGAGAAUUGAUACCGUCUGAAAAAGCAUUGUGGUGCCACAGCUUUAAAAUAAUAAAAUAUCGGCCGGUCCAUCUUUUCCACGUAUACUUUCUACAUUUAUUACCAGCUCUUAUAAUCGAUACGAUCGCAGUAUGUGUAGGUAAACAGCCAUGGUUACUUCAAAUAUAUAAAAGAAUUCACAAAAUGUCGGAUCUAGUUGCUUAUUUUUGUAUAGUUCAAUGCAACUUUACGAAUAAAAGAUGGAACGAAUUGAUGAGGAAGUUAACAUCUGAGGAUCGCAAAUUAUUUUUCUGUGAUAUGAAAGACAUCGUUUGGAGUAAUUAUUUUCCAAUAUAUAUUCUAGGGGUAAGAAAAUAUAUCUUAAAGGAUCCCAUUGAAACGCUUUCGCAAGGUCGUAUAAAAUGGCGAAGAUUUUAUUGGAUGGAUCGAGCACUGAAACUUGUUAUCGCCUGUGUCCUUAUCAUCGUAUGGGUUAUGACUUUCAGACUAUUUGUAACUUUCGAAUCUUCAUAAAAGUAGUAUAAUUAUCAAAGAAAGUGAAGAGAAGAAGAUAAUUAUUAUUUACGCUUUCGUACGAAUUAGUGAUUUCUCUUAUUUAUGGGAUUUAGAUUAAACGGGGCGAUGUUAAAGAAAAAGGGUUGAAAUACUAUCUUGGUGAAUUUUAUUUGUAAAAUUUUGGACAGAUUUGUUGUUGGAUUUUUUUGUUAUUUAUUAAGCUACUUAUUAC